AUGUCGUCAAGAAAAUCAAAGGCAAUUGGUAUUGAUCUUGGGACUACCUAUUGUUGUGUGGCUUAUUAUUCAAACGACAAGGUUGAGAUAAUCAGUGAUGACGCUGGGAAUAGAACUACACCAUCAUAUGUUUCCUUCAGUAAAGAAGGUAGGUUACUUGGACAGUCUGCUAAGAAUAAUGCUUCUAAAAACUUGAGGAGCACCGUGUUCUCAGCCAAAAGAUUCAUAGGUAGAAAUUUCAAUGAUAUUUCGGUUCAGAAUGACAUCAGACAUAUGCCAUUUGAUGUUGUAAAUCAGAAUGGAAAACCAGUAUUCAGGUUGGAAUAUAAGGGAGAAAUGAAGCUAUUUUUUCCCGAAGAAAUUUCAGCGAUGGUUCUAGUGGAAAUGAAAACACUAGCUGAGAGGCGUCUUAAGGAAGUAAUAACAGACGCAGUGAUUACGGUGCCUGCCUAUUUCAACGAUUCUCAAAGACGAGCUACAAAGGACGCUGGUAGAAUAGCCGGACUCAACGUCCUAAGGAUCAUAAAUGAGCCUACUGCAGCUGCAUUUGCAUAUGGAUUGAACACUCGUAAUGAUAAUAUCCCGUCUCGCAAUGUUCUCAUCUUUGACUUGGGAGGUGGAACUUUAGACGUCUCUUUGGUAACAACUAAUAAUAAGGAUGGGGUCUUUGAUGUGAAAGCAACUUCUGGUAAUACUCACUUGGGAGGGGAAGAUUUUAAUAAUAGGCUUCUCGGGCACUUAGUUCAUCAAGUAAAGCAGAAAACGGGAAGAGAUGUUUCUUCCGAACCCAAGGCACUUGGUAGACUAAGAAGAGCGUGUGAGUCUACAAAGAAACGGUUGGGUGUUAGCGAAAAAGUUAAUAUUGAACUUGAAGCGUUACUUCCCGGCUCAGAUUUUACUACAACAAUCACAAGGCAAGAGUUUGAAUAUCUCUGUCAAGACCUCCUUAAUUCUAUCUUGAGACCAGUGAAACAAGUUCUCGCGGAUUCUGGUAUAGAUAGGUCGCAAGUUGAUGAAGUGGUUUUAGUAGGAGGUUCAACCAGAAUUCCUAUUGUUAGGAAGAAAGUGUCAGGUUUUUUCGGUGGGAAAAGACCAUGUCAAUCGAUAAAUCCAGAUGAAGCAGUAGCCUAUGGUGCAGCCAUUCAAGCAUCUAUCUUAUCGGGAGAAUCUUCAAAAUCAGAUAAUGGUGCUAUAGUCUUACUAGAAGUGGCGCCUCUAUCCCUAGGAGUAGAAACAAGAGGAGGGUUAAUGACCAAUCUUAUUUCAAGAAACACAGCCAUUCCUAACUCUGUUACCAGGCUUUUUACUACAAGCACCGAUAAUCAAUCCGCUGUUCAAAUCCAGGUGUUUGAAGGAGAAAGAUCACUUACGAAACAUAACAAUUUGUUAGGACUGUUUUCAUUAACUAAUAUACCCCCUGCUCCACAGGCAGUACCACGAAUUGAAGUAACCUUUACUGUAAAUGAUAAUGGUAUUCUAGAAGUUUCUGCUGUUGAAGUACGGUCUGGAAUCUCACAUCAGAUUACGAUUAGAAACAAUCAGAGCAGAUUGCCAGAAGCUGAGAUACAGAAGCUUAUCAGUGAAGCGGAGGUAUAUCGGGAAGCAGAUUUGCUUACAAGAGAACGUCUUGAAGCCAGAGACAACCUAGAGAGGUUUGCUGUAAGCCUCCGAAGAACAGCAAAAAGACAAGAUAAUCUCGGUACUCAACAAAGAGAGGAUUUGUUAGUUAUGAUUGAGCAAAUUGGCUGGUUGAAUAUCACAGACGAAACAACCACCAAAGAAAUGAGAGGACGACUUGAUAGGUUAAAGAAUUUGUCGGAAGCGUAUCAUCUUUCUUAA